CUCAAAGCGACAAUUGUUUCUUUCUCUAUUUUCUCUCUCCUCUGUGAGAAGCUGAAGGAGGAGCCCCGAAAAGCUAUUUCCUCUCUCCUCUAAGCGAUUAAUUCGCUUUCUUUUUUAGGGUUUCCGAGCGAUCUUCGCGAAGCACAAAUCGAAUCUUCAAGUCCAAGUUUAGAUUCCGCCUUUUCGAUUGGAUUCUCUCGACACAUACAAAACAAUACAAAUAUCAUCGAAUUUCUGUUCUCAACAUUUUUUCACCUUCUUGAGUGAGGCAUCCAAGUUUUUAUUCGGAUAUCAAAAUGCCAAAGGAGAGGAGAGAUCGUUCUGUAUCUCGUGAUAGGUGUAGAGUAUCUCCAUAUCCAUGCAGCUCUAGUCACAGAAAGCGAUCAUCUACCAGUGAUCCUGUAGAGUUGGAGGAAAAUGCUAACGAGUGGGAAGAAGCUAGGUGCCCUGUAUGCAUGGAACAUCCUCACAAUGCAGUUCUGCUCAUAUGCUCGUCCCAUGAGAAGGGGUGUCGUCCUUACAUGUGCGACACAAGCUACCGACAUUCAAAUUGUCUCGACCAGUUUCGCAAGUCCUUUGAAGUGGAAAAUUCAUCAACAGGGCCACAACAAGAAGAAACCCAGAAUUCAACUGCACAGGUUUCCCCUGCUGAGACAUCAGAAUCAACGGUCAGUUUUGUGCAAGAGGAAAUAACUGCGGAAGGUCCUCCCAUCUCUUGUGAGAAUCAGACAACACCAAAACUCGUGUGCCCCCUUUGUCGUGGCCACAUAAAAGAGUGGAUUGUUGUGGAGGAUGCCCGUCGUUUCAUGAAUGCAAAAUCAAGAAGUUGCUCUUGUGAAACGUGUAAUUUUAGUGGUGCAUAUACAGAUCUCAGGAAGCAUGCGAGGCUAGAGCACCCUCUAGUUCGCCCGUCGGAGAUGGACCCAGAGAGAGAGCGCAACUGGAGGAGGCUAGAGCGUCAAAGGGACCUUGGUGACCUGCUCAGCACACUUCAAUCAUCGAUGGGAGAUGAUAGAUCUGAUGAGAGCAUUUUACCUAUUGAUGAUGGAGGUUGGCUUACUGUGUUUUUCCUGAUUCGAGUUUUCAGACCCGGGUCUGCUUCCAGGAGCAGCAGCUGGUCCGGUACCUCGAGAACCAGAGCUCAGGUUAGCAUCAGAAGGAGAUCAACCAGACUUUGGGGAGAGAGCUAUGAUGAGGAAACUGGGUCUUCUUCAAGAGAAGAGGAUAAUCAAUCUUCAGAUGAUGGAUCCGUCCCUCUGAGGCGCAGUGAGCGCAUCAGGCGAAGGACAACGCCGGACAACAUGCCAUGACGGAGAGAGUAUGUGGCAUCUGUUAGGUUGUUCUCAUGUUCCGCUUUCAAAAGCGGAGAGAGUAAGGAAUUGGAAGCUCUUUGCUUGUGCUCUUCGAAUACGUUCCACCGAGUGUGGAACAGUUGUGCGUGGAAUUAUUGGGGUCUAUGGAGAGUGGAUAAGAAUUGUAAUUUCUUGAAGAACUUUUGAUCAAUCUAUGAUAUAUUUCUUUUUCCUUUCUCGUCACAUUCGCUUUUAUUUUCUGGGAUUACAAAAAACUUCUUGCUUUAAUGAUUAAUUAAAGCUUCAAUAAAACUUUCAUGUUUAUUUGAUUA